AUGUUUGGUUUACCAUUAGAUCCAGACCAGUCCGAAGACGAUGAAGAAUCGGAUGAGGAUAAUGUUUUACAAUAUCAUAAUGCGAUACUGCAGCGGAUUUUAGAGGAUUUAGAUGAACCAGGAUUGCGAUCUUUAGAUAUAAUGACGGCUUCUCCUCAGCCUUCCACGUCGAGUGAUGAACCGGACCCGCGAUGUUUUGUAAGAUUUGAAAGGGCAUCGUUAUCGCCUAAACCUUCUAUGUCGAAUGCAGAACUGCCUAGUAGCGCCUAUCCUGGUACAGUUCAAACUGCAAGGAGACAGGGAAGUGGAUAUGAGAUGGGUAAGGAAAGUGGACGAGAAAUAGGACAGAAAAGGAGAGCUGAAAAAAGUCGGGAUCAUGGAGAUAGUGGAUCAGAGUCAGAAGUAGAGUCGGAAACAAAUGCUUCUGACGAAAAUGAAGAUACAUGGAAGAAAAAAUUAUGGACUGACAAGAGGCCACAACCAGACACCUUUAAUAGUGUACCGAUGAUUCCAUCACGCAUGCUACCAUCAAAUGCCAGGCCUGUUCGUCACUUUGAAAAAUUUUUUACUCAAGAAAUUAUCGAUUUGAUUAUCAGAGAAACAAACCGAUAUGCUAAUCAAAAUAACGUCGUGGGGUGGACUGAAAUUUAUACCAAAGAAUUGCAGGCUUUCUUGGCAAUUUUAAUUGUAAUGGGCUACCACAUUUUACCUUCUUUAGAACUUUAUUGGUCAUCAGAUCUUGAUUUUAGAGUUGAGAAUGAUGAGGACAGUGGCGGUGAUUUGGAAUCUGCUGGAAGUGAGACAGAGGACCAGUUAGAGAUCGAGCAGCUGGAACAAACGGAUGAAGAAGAUAGGCCAACUGAGGUAAUAUCAUCCAAUGUAUCUAACCCAGAUUCAUCUAUAAUAUCCGAGGAGACUUCGACAACACAGAAGAGUACAGCCCAGGAGACCCUUGUUAAUCAUUACAUGGAGAGACGUCUAACUAAGCCGACAUUGCAUAAAAAAUUAAGAGCUAACGUUCAAGACUUGGUUCCAGAUAGUUCAAGAGAAAGUAGCACUAGUUCUAAUGAAGCUUCAGGAUUGAAAAAAGGAAGAUUUGUAGCUAUUGUCCGUAUAAAAAACAUCGCAUGA